UGUGCAUGUGGAUGCAUGUUAGAGUAUGCACACUGCAGUUCUUUCACUUUUCCAUCCCUUGGUGCGUUUGUGGGGUUAGAUAAGCUGCAUCCUGAUCUCCUACCAACUGUUAUCCAAACCUGCAUCUUCAGCAAUCUUCAUCAGCUGGAAGUCACAUCAGCAACUCAUCAGCCAAGUGGAGGAAUGUUCCUGCAGCUCCGGUUGUAGUCUGCACAGUCUGGGGUGAGAUGGGCUCAGAGGAGCGCAGUUCUGCCAUGUCACAGAAGAUCUCCUCCCUGUCACGCAGCAACAGCAGCUCCUCAUCCAAACAUGACAGCCGACAGGACAGCUGGGAAAUAGUGGAGGGCCUACGUGGAGGCUUCAGCAAUGUCCAGGAACCUCAGAAACAAGAGGGCUACAUGUUAAAGCGGAGAAAGUGGCCCAUGAAGGGCUGGCAUAAGAGAUACUUUUUCCUGGACAAGGGCAUUUUGAAGUAUGGCAAGUGCAACGCUGAUAUCGAGAAGGGAAAGCUGCACGGUUGUAUUGAUGUGGGUCUCUCUGUCAUGGCUAUUAAGAAGAAAGCCAAGUGCAUUGAUCUUGAUGCUGAGGAAAACAUUUAUCACCUGAAGAUUAAGUCACAAGAGCUGUUUGAUGAAUGGGUGUCCAAACUGCGUCACCAUCGAGUCUACCGGCAAAAUGAGAUUGCUAUGUAUCCUAACGAGAAGGCCUUCUUCUACCCACACUACCCUUCCCCCAACUCCCCGGGUGUGGUGGAGAAUGCCUCUAUUAGAAAGUGCAUGUCUAUACGUAGACAGUCCACUGUGCAUUCUGCAGGAGCCUUCCCUGUUGGCUGCAACAGUCAGGCCAAGGUAGCCGCUUGGCUCCAGUCUUCUGAUGACAUGGACAAGUGCUCAAAAGACUUAUCGGUAUGUGAGGCCUACCUGCUGGAGCUCACCCACCUACUGCAGAGUAUGGAAGUCCUCCACCGCACAUAUUCAGCUCCAUCUAUUCAGGCUCUGCAGGCAUCUACAUUUGAAAGCCCUAAAAAAGAAAAAAGACUCCAGAGGAAAUGGCGCACUAAAAACUACAACAAAGACGUCAAAACCACUUUGCAGGUUCCCAGCUGCAUUUCCUCUGGAUCUAUACGCCUACAUGCCUCGAACCCCAACCUCUCCACUGCUGCUCUGGCCAAUGAUAAAGCUGAUCCUGAAUCUCUGGAUUCUCCUUUUGACGUGGCAAAGCUGCAGGAGGACUUCUGCCGUGUUGCCUCCAACUUGCACACCACAAUGAAGUCAGCGUUAGCUUCACUAACAUCGGAAAGAGAGAGAUUAAGACAGUGUGCGGACUUUGAAACCUGCCCCCCUACCUCACCACAGGUCGUUGGAUUGAAGAAUGCACUGGCGACGGCUUUAGCCCAGAACACUGAGCUGAGAGAGCGCCUGUGCAAGAUUCACGCUGAGUCCCACAUCGUAGAGCCCACACUAAUAAAUCUCACUGCCCCUGUGCAGAAACAGGAAUCUGUGGAUGAAUCCCGUCCCCUCAUACACCAGGUUUCCAACGAGAGCCGAGCUUCGAUCGCAGAGUCUUUAUCCGAGUUCUUUGAUGCACAGGAAGUUCUGUUGUCUGCCAGUUCAUCUGAAAAUGAGGUGUCAGAAGAUGACUCAUACAUCAGUGACAUUAGUGACAACAUUUCCAUGGACAACUUCAGCAAUGAGACGGAAAGUGAGAGACCAAACUCAGGCUCUGUGGAAGAAGGCACCGUCCUCUACCAGCGUCGUUCCUGUCUGCCCUCACCCUGCCCCAACAACAGCACCAUCAGCCUGUGGAAUAUCCUCAGGAACAACAUCGGCAAAGAUCUGUCCAAAGUGGCAAUGCCGGUGCAUCUAAAUGAGCCCCUCAACACCCUGCAAAGACUGUGUGAAGAGCUGGAGUACAGUGAGCUGUUGGACAGAGCUGCAAACACACAAGACCCCUUUGAACGCAUGGUGUACAUCGCCACGUUCGUUGUGUCAGGUUAUGCAUCCAGCUACUACAGAACUGGGGGGAAGCCUUUCAACCCCGUCCUUGGAGAGACAUAUGAAUGCGACCGGCCAGACAGAGGCUUUCGAUUUAUUGCAGAACAGGUCAGCCAUCACCCUCCGAUCUCAGCUUGUCACGCAGAGUCUAAAAACUUUACCUUCUGGCAAGACGUGAGGUGCAAGAACAAGUUCUGGGGAAAGUCAAUGGAGAUCGUUCCCGUAGGCACCACACAUGUCACUCUGCCGGGAUUUGGAGACCAUUAUGAGUGGAAUAAGGUGACAUCAUGUGUCCACAACAUCCUAAGCGGACAGCGCUGGAUUGAGCACUACGGAGAGAUCUCAAUCAGAAACAACAGUAGUGAUGUUUGUCAGUGCAAGAUCACUUUUAUUAAGGCCAAAUACUGGAAUUCCAGUGUGAACGAGAUAGAGGGAACUAUCACAGAUCAAAAAGGGAAGGUCAUCCGCAGACUGUUUGGAAAGUGGCAUGAAGCAGUUUUCUGUGGGGACCCGCCAUCAGCCACAUGCAUCUGGAGAGCAAGUGCAAUUCCUGUGGACUAUGAACAGUACUACGGCUUCACUAAGUUUGCAGUGGAGCUGAAUGAGCUGGACCCCACACUGAAACUGCUGCUACCACCCACAGACACCAGGCUACGAGUGGACCAAAGACUGCUGGAGGAGGGGAACUUAGAGGAGGCAGAGGAGCAGAAGCAGAGGAUUGAACAGAUGCAGAGGGAGCGGCGCAGAGUCCUGGAGGAGAACAACGUUGCACAUCAACCCAAAUUCUUCAGGAAGUCCAAGGAUGACACCUGGGUGACCAACAACACAUACUGGGAGCUGAGAAAGGACCCUGGCUUCACCCACAUAGAUUUCCCGAUGCUGUGGUGACCCCUGAACUACACACCACGUACAUUUCAAGCUGCACAGCCUCUACUGUGACCCAGACUGGUUCUGGUGAUAUCAUACCAUUCACAUUCGGUCCUUGUCUUCUUCGUUGCAAUUCAUCAAGUAUUGCCUUAAUUGCAAGUGCUUAUCUAGGUUGUGUAAACAUGUUUAUGCAAGUAUAUUAUGAGAAUGUUGAUAAAUUUAUGAAAAUCUUCAUAUAGUGAGAAAUAUUACAAAUGAAAAUAGAGAAGGGAUCAUUUUUAUAACUGCUCCUCACAAGCUUAAAAUGUAAUGUGAACAACUGGUCACUUUAUCUGUUGUGUUAUCAUUCUCUACCUCUGAGAUAAACUAGCCUUGUUAUGCCAUUGAAUACAUACACACAUUACUCUGCACCUGCCUGAUGCCUUACUCGUAUACUCAUAUUGUUUUAUUUAUUUAGUUGCAUUGCUGUUGUAAAGACAAUGUUUUGUUAAAAUUCUUAUGAGGGAUUUCAUAGUCAUUACUAUGUUUUUCUUUGUCUCAACGCAAAAAAUACUGCUUUUUUGCUAUGAUUAUGUGAAUGAUUGUGCUAUGAGCAGCUGUAGCAGGAAUCUAAUCCAGUCAUUUUUUUCUCUUCAUCCACUGCACUGUUGUCUCUCUGGACUUUGGACUUUGAGACUGAAGAGUCCAAAACUUUGCUCCAUGAGCUCCAAUAAAGUCAUCAAUGGA